AAUUCUGUGCUUCGAUGAUAAAUAAAAAUAAUAUUUGUAAGCGCUUACUGUUUAUCUAUAUUAAAAGAGGGAUCAUUGAAAUACAGGCAUGUGAGAUUCCUUAUUGUAUGUAACAUGCUCAUGGCAGUGCCCUAAAAACUUUAGAUCAGUAUUCCUAUCUCCAUUUUAAUUUCUGCUCUGGAGCGUUUGAAGGAAAUUGGGCGAAGAAAAUCGAACAUACUACGUAAAUCGCACAAACUGACGGCAAUGAGAACAAAACACUUUAUUUUAAUACUUUGCUGCAUUAUAAUUACAACAAUAUUUUUCAUAAUUUUGGGACCGGCUGGUGAACCCAACGAUUCUUUGAAAAGUAUUGUUACGCAUACACAUCAGCAGCUAAACAAAUUGCAGGAAAAUCUGCGUGUUGCUGAGAAAAAAAAGCUUCAAAUAGACCCGAAAUAUUUGUCUUUGCUUGGAUUCACCGAUACGAUUUACACGAAACAAGCUAAAGAAUUUAAUCAUUAUGAAAUUGAAAAUCGACCAAAGUCGGAGGGAAAGAUUGAAACUAUAGAAGUAUCUGAUCUUCCGCUGCCAAAUCGGGGUUCACAGGAUUUAAAGGAUGUUGGCGAUAGUCCUUACAGCCCGAACUCAUUUCGGCACAAUAGCAGAUCGCACAUAGCAACACCGCCAUACAAUGGUACAAAGGUUAAUUUCACCAUUGUCACAUACGUACAGGAUGGUCAAGCGCCAUCGGCAAUCUUACUUGCUCAAAACAUCGCUAUGAAAUUACCGGAUGACCAUCUGCUCAUUUAUGACCUUGGAUUAUCAGAAGAUGAUUCCCGAGCUCUAAUUACUUACUGUAACAUCUCUAAAUGUUCAGUUAUAAGUUAUGACUUGUCGCUCUUCCCCUCACAUGUAUCAGAGCAGCGUAUGCACGCUUAUCGCCCGAUUGUUAUAAAAGACGCUUUAACCCGAUCCCACAACAUUCUAUUCGCAGAAAAUUAUAUUCGAUUUCGUGGUGGUAGCCAUGACUUACAAAAAUUACGAAGUAGAGUUAUGACCUCAGGUGUCCUGGGUUGGAAUACUCCCACUGCGGUAUCAACACUCACACAUCCCAAAAUGUUUGAUUACUUUCAAACCGAUGCUGAUGAUUUUAUUUUCCUGCGGAUGAUUGACCUCGACAUAGCUUUAUUUUCUGGCAGUCCCUUCUUAGAAAAAAAUAUUAUGCUGCCAUGGUUAAAGUGUGUUCUGACAUUGGAAUGUAUUGAUCCCAUAGCCGGUUUAUACGAGCAGCAAUUUCCCAACUUGCGUUCAACAAUUUCCAACAGUAGUAAAAAACUCUGCCGAUUAACUACGAUAACAAGCAAAUUUCCAAUACUAAAAUGGCUACCUAAAUACCAGAUAUCGUUUUUAUUCCGCGAUGCUAUUGCUGGAUUCACAGUGGGUCUUACGACUAUUCCACAAGCAAUCGCUUAUGGUGUCGUCGCGGGCUUACAACCCCAAUAUGGACUUUACGCGGCAUUUAUGGGCUGUUUUACCUAUAUUAUAUUUGGUUCUUGCAAGGACGUUACCAUUGCCACCACUGCAAUUAUGGCAUUGAUGGUACAUGAUUACGCGAUUAUAACACCGGACUAUGCCAUCUUGAUAUCCUUUUUGGCGGGCUGCAUUAUAUUGCUGCUAGGCAUCUUUAAUCUGGGCGUGCUUGUGCGAUUCAUUUCUGUUCCUGUCAUCACGGGUUUCACAAUGGCAGCAGCCUGCACAAUCGGUAGUGCACAAAUCAACAAUCUCUUUGGAAUGAGCAGUCCGUCGAAUCAAUUAAUUCCAUCGUGGAAACAUUUUUUUACACACCUCACAUCAAUUCGUAUGAAUGACUCUUUACUUGGCGUAUGCAGUCUAAUCUUUCUUCUAUUGAUGAAGGAAGUAAAGAAUAUACCCUACGGAAACAAGACUUUUUGGAAGUAUAUUUCCCUGUCUCGCAACGCCUUGGUAGUCAUAUUUGGAACGUUUUUGGCCUACCAGUUAAGUCGGGAUGGAGCUGAACCUUUCAGAAUUACUGGUAAUAUUACAGCAGGAUUGCCACCUUUUCGAGUGCCUCCCUUUAGCACAUACGUUGAUGGAGAGGAAGUCGCUUUCUCGGAUAUGAUAAGCACAAUAGGCUCAUCAUUAGCAUCAAUACCUUUGGUAGCGAUUCUAGAAAUAGUAGCAAUUUCUAAAGCAUUCUCCAAAGGGAAAAUUGUUGAUGCAUCUCAGGAAAUGAUUGCCCUUGGCAUGUGCAACAUCAUGGGCAGUUUUGUGUCAUCUAUGCCGGUGACAGGGUCAUUUACAAGAACAGCUGUAAAUAAUGCUAGCGGCGUUAAAACGCCCUUGGGUGGCGCGGUAACUGGUGCAAUGGUAUUGAUGGCAUUGGCUUUUCUCACUCAAACAUUCUAUUAUAUCCCAAAAGCGACGUUGGCAUCAGUCAUUAUUGCAGCUAUGAUAUCUCUUGUCGAACUUAAGAAAAUUCCCGAUAUAUGGAAAUCAAAAAGACAAGAUAUUUUUCCGUUUAUAACGACAUUUUUUACAUGCCUAUUCUGGAGUCUUGAGUACGGAAUUAUUUGCGGUGUAGUUGCCAAUAUUUCAUUUAUACUGUAUAGAAGUGCAAGUCCCCAAAUACACAUAGAAAAGAAAAGGGUUUAUAACUAUGAUAUAUGCUUUGUAAACGUCAAACAAAGGCUGGAUUUCGCUUCUGCUGAGUAUUUGAAGGAAAAAGUUGUCAAGUUUAUGAACGAAUAUCGAUAUGACAUAAGUCUCAUUGUUAUAAAAGGAGAAGAGAUUAAUUCCAUUGAUUAUACAGUUGCUAUGAACAUUAUAUCACUUAAAGAAGAUCUGGAGGUGCUCAAAUGUGAUCUUUUAUGCUGGAAUUGGAACAUAAACGCUGCGGGAGUUAUUUAUAGAUUGAAGAAUGAUUUAUACGGCAUAUUUAAGAAUGAGCAUAGCAUCGAGGAGAUAGUAAAUAAUUACUACGUAAAUCUACAAAGAAACAACAAUAGCUCAAAUGAUACCGUAUACACAAAUAUUUCAUAAAUAAGAAUCGUUUAGUAUUAAAUGAUAUAUUAGAAUUAAAUGUUGACUGUGCAGUGUCUGCAUAUUAGCAGCAAUCAACUUAACUAUGUUCUUAAGUAUACCUAUGUAUAUAGGUAGCUUUUUUUAAUAAUAAACUACAAUAGCUGUGAUUUUGCACGUAUUAGGGCUACAAAGUAAAAGCGUCACGAAAAUUGCCUAUCA